AAGUUUAUAAAAUAGAGGUUUUAAACAAUAUUAUUCAGUGAAAGAAUUAAUUCCACUUAUGGAUAUAUUUUGUAAUAAAAAUUUAUAAUAACAAUGUUGACACCAACAUCAGCAAUACCUUCCACAUCAAUAGGGGGCUCAAGAAUACCAAGUCCUAUUAGCGAUACAUUUGAUGAUAAUCCGAACAAAUUAACAACAUAUUUACAGCAGCUUGCUGGUUGCUAUGAAAUGGAAGUUGAUGUGAUUAGUAAAGAUCAUUGUUAUACCCGGCCAUGGAACUGGAAGCCAGAAAACAUAUAUGUGAAACCGAUAAAAAAGUUAUUCUUUCCCAAGAAAAAUCUAACAAUAGAGAAACCUGCCCAGGAUGAAGAAAUCAAUGUAGAAGAAGACUGUGAUGAGCCACUGGCACCACCAGUAGAUUUAACAAGAGCUAAGCAUCAAAUGGAUGAACUUCAACGUUUAGCUAACUUUGCUCGGCCAGAUGAGAGCGAAGAUUGGGAAGAACGACUGGAUAAAAUUCUAUGGACACCUGUUCAGAAUAGAAUAUUUACCAAAGUCCUGAAAAUUCUAAAUUCGGAGAGACUCGCGAGAUUAGCCAAAUCGAAUAACGGUAUAGAGCCAGUUUUUCGGCGAACGUCGAUUGAUACGGCUGCGAGGAGAUUUCGAGAGACAUUGGCAUCUGCCGGUUGGGACUGGAGACUCGCGCAAUGGUUACAUAGUUUAUUGUUCGAUCAUCUUCCUCAGGAGUAUCUUGGGAUUUAUCUUGAUAUAUUGCAAACUCUAAGACUGAAAAUUCCUCAACUUAUCGAUAAGAUGAUUGCUGUACAGCCGAAUAUUAAUGCAAAAGCUGGUACUAUAACAUGGGAAACACUUGGAUCACUUUUGAAACGAUCGUGGGAUCCAAUUACUCCAAGCCUAAACGGCAACAGACUUAAAAAAUUACCAGGAAAUCCGAUUUUAAUAAUUGCACCAUCCGGAGUUGGAUCUUCCAUGUCUCAGAGACAACACAAAUGGAUUUCACAGUUAGGAGCUCUAGGAAUGGUUGUUACUGUUCAUACACACUUAGGUUUAGCAGCAAAUAGAAUGACCAUGAUGGUGUGCAUUGAUCAACUAGUCCAAGCUACAAGAACAAAAAUACAAGAUAUCAGAAGCGAUUGUCCUGGCCGACCAAUAAUAUUAGUCGGCUUUAAUACGGGCGCUGCCAUUUCGUGUCAAGUGGCCCAAAUGGAACAUAUCACUGCAGUUAUUUGCCUUGGAUUUCCUUUUUGCACGGUCGAGGGAAAAAGGGGUACACCUGAUGAUACGUUAAUGGAUGUUCGUUGUCCAGUUAUGUUCGUCAUUGGGCAAAAUGCUACGCUCGUAAGGAUCGAUGAUUUAGAAGAUCUUCGUGAAAAGAUGUUAGUAGAGACAAGUGUGGUGGUAGUUGGAACUGCAGACGAUCAUUUAAGGAUAUCCACCGCGAAGAAGAUAUCAGAAGGUAUUACACAGAGCAUGGUGGAUAGGUGUAUCCUAGAUGAAAUCGGGGACUUCGUAGGCAGUAUUCUUAUGCAACCACACCCAUUGCCGUUAAGAUCAACGUUACUGUCGAACUUUGAGAGUAAAAAUAACCGAAAAGAUUCUCGAAAACGACGGAAUUCGACGAGCAGUUCUGUCGAGAGCGAACCGAAUUCUCCAACUGUAAAAAAAUCUCGGCCGAACACACCUAUUUCUUCAGCAGUACCUAUUGGACAGAUUAUACCAUCAGCUACAGUUUCGAAAGUAGGAACGUUUAACGCGCAAUCGAAUUUAGUUACACCGAAUGUUGCACACACGAGUCAUACGCAAACUGUAAAACGCAAACCCCGUAUGGUUAGUAAUCAGAAAGCGCACUUCGUAGAGCAUUUAAUAACAUCCAGAAUGUCCGGGCAGCAAAAUUCAAACUCAGACAACGGUGGUAUAACGUUAAAUAUUGGUUCUUUAGCAAGUUUAGCUCCUAUCGGUCCAAUACGUUUAGCGCCAGCGUCGACGGGUCAAACCACCUCUUCUGCGGUCAAAAGCACCCCUAAAUCUUCAGUCUCCUCCGCUAAAGUACCUAAAAUUAUUCCCACAAAUGUACAGCUGCAGAAUGUUUCAAAGAUGAAGGCAAUUGUAUCAUCGAAUAAAAGUUUUUCUAAAGUAAUAUCAAGUAACUAUAGGCACCUCGGUAUACCUGACAAAAACGGAGAUGCAAAGUUGUUGAAUGUGUUAUCGACUUCAGGCAACCAAAUUAGAGUCAGUACACCAACCAGUGCAGCAAUACAUAGUAAACCUGGAGUUGGUACAUCAAACGGAAGUUUAUCGAAUAUUUUACAAAAUGGCAAGGGUUCUCUCACGCUAGCCACUGGUUCAUCGUCAGCCCGUGUAUCAGCAGCUUCUAGUAUUUUACUGACACCAAAUAAUUCUGCAACAACUACCGUAGCACCAACCUUGUCCACAAUAUCAAAAGUGAUGGACGGCAUGGCAACAACCAGUAUCUCUUCACAUGUGAUGCUCAGUUCUACUCAUUCAUUGGAUACAUUCAAGAUGUCACAAUUACCUCGACAAGUAACAACCUGUAACAACAAUGAUAACUCUCAUAAUACAUCAUGUGGGAAUAUAAUUAUGGUUGAAAGUUCCCUUAAUGCUAAACCCACCUGUUCGUCGGUGAUAGUACCACUAAAUAGUCACAAUUCGGGGACUAUUUUUCCACUGUCCAGCAAAUUAAAAGCUAGCCAACGAUCUACGAAACCAAUGCCAAAAAUUACGGUCAACGCAUCCAAUUUACAAAGAAUUCAGAAAGCAAAGCCUCAGACAAUACAGAAGAAAUGUCUUGCGAAUGAUAUUGACGAUGAUUUAGGAAAUAUAUUGGAUAUACCAAUAAUAUUCGCAAAAGAUGAUGACAAUUUGAAUUCUAUUGAAAGGAAUCCAUGUUUGUCGCAAGUAGCUGCACCUAUAGAUGUUCAUGAUAAAGGUACACCUAAAUUGAACAGUAGUACCAAAGUUGUUCUCAUAAGUAAUAAACAAGAUAAGCUACAACAGACGGCUAACAAAUUUGUUACACCGUCUACUCAGACUAUUAUAUGCCCUAACGUAGCUGUACAAAAUCUGAAUCAUGUAAUAUUACAAACCAGACCUCAGAAUCCAACGAUAUCCAAAAUUAAAACUACAAUACCAAUACAAAACCGUACGAAUCAACCGACUAUCAAGUACACUAAAAUAAUACUUGCUAAAAGAAAUUCACAGCCGCUUCAUCAGAAUGAUAAAAGUGAACAAGUUAUUGUGACAAAGACGAUCGACAAGAUUAAUACACCUAAGGUUUUGAGCAUCGAUAAAACUGCGCAAAUAACGUCGAAGCAGUUAGCAAGGAACGACGAGAAGUUUAUAGAUGAUACAUUAGAGAUAGAAGAUGCAAUAAAAAUGAAUAUUAUAGAACGAAAGUAUAUUCCUGUGCAGAGGAUCGAUCUAACGUCACCAACAAAACAGGACAAUGUAAAACAAAUUUCAUGCGAAACAAAGGCGGACGAUGAGAAUAAUUAUUCACAGAAUACGAAAAUUGAUGAUCGAAUGAACUUGCAUAUGUAG